CACCGCAAAACACAAAAGGGAAACAAGACUAAAGCAGGAAGCGGGGACUGAUGUGCACGGCCCGACAUGGGGUCAGGGGAAGACGAAUAUAAUUUUGUGUUCAAAGUGGUCCUUAUCGGAGAAUCCGGUGUGGGUAAAACCAACCUUCUCUCCCGGUUUACCAGAAACGAGUUUAACCAUGACAGUCGAACCACCAUUGGUGUGGAGUUCUCCACGCGCACGCUGACGGUCGAUGGCCACCUGGUGAAGGCACAGAUAUGGGAUACGGCAGGGCUGGAACGCUACAGAGCGAUCACCUCCGCCUAUUACAGGGGUGCAGUUGGCGCUCUCCUGGUGUAUGACAUCACCAAGCAUCAGACGUACGACAGCAUUGAACGGUGGCUGAAGGAACUCUAUGACCAUGCAGAUGCCAGCAUUGUGGUCAUGUUGGUCGGCAACAAGUGUGACCUAAAAGACGAAGCACGGGAGGUUCCUUCAGAAGAAGCCAAGAUGUAUGCAGAUAGCAAUGGUUUGCUAUUUAUCGAGACUUCAGCCCUUGACUCGACCAACGUGGAACUGGCCUUUGAAACCAUCCUUAGAGAUGUCUACCAGAAGGUUCUGAAGAGUAAAGGAGGUGUUCCAAAGGAUAAUACGGUGACCUUGUCCAAGGAGGCUGCUCCAAUCCAGUCUCAACCCCAGGCCACCGAAGCAAACAGAUCAUGCUGCAAGAAUAUCUAAGGACGAGCUGGGAUUAAGAAGCCAACUAUCAGUCAUCAGUACCAAUUCCAAUAAGACCAGCUGGGAGGCCAUCUAGUCCGCCAUGUUGUUUUGGCCCAUAUAAGAAAGACUGACUGUUUUACACGUGACAGCUAAUACCAUGUCAGCCCUGGUGCAAAGAAUGCCACCUUUCAACCAAAGAUGCUCAGAGAAGAGUAGAACAUAAUCCAGAUUUUGGUAUUAAAGACAUAACAUCAA